UCACUCUGUCCCAACACACCACACCACAGAAACUUCCAAAUCUGCGGAACCACCUUCGGAACGGACCCAAGGAAAUCAAUCAACACGACGAAUCCGUUCCAUACCCUAUUGUCGACGGCACACUACCCGCUCUCUCUCUCUCUCUCUCUCUCUUUCUCUUUCUAUACUUGCCGUACCUUUGAUUCUACCCCUGCGUAGUAUACUAUUUUAAACUGCUUGACAACAUCCUCGCUCGUCGUCGUCUUCAACAACAAUCCUAUACAACAACACAGGAUGAAAUUCUCUGGUGCUCUUAAUCUCUUGUUAACGUUCGAAAGCGCUCGCGCCUUUUCGGUGCUGCCUGCCCCAUCCGCGGCGACGUCGGGCAAGCACGCCUUCCGUUACCCCGCCAGCACCGUCGUGUUGUCCACACGCUUGUACGGUCUCCUCGACGAAAUCAACUCGGACUCGUACAAUCUCAUCAGCACCAACGACGAUCAGGGAGACGACGUCAACUUGUCCGACGCCUACGAAAUGUUCCUCGCGGAUCUCGUCUUUUCCACCAACGACCCGCGCGUCGACAUUAUGAACAAGUACGACCUCGCCUGUGAUCCGCCCUUUAUUCAGUGGCUCGACCAGAAAAUUGAAAAGUCCAGAGAUCCCGAAGAGCGCAUCGGACUCCGAGAUCUAUACGACAUUAUCAUUGACAUACAAACCCGCGUCGAAGUCAGCAAGUUGGCCGAACAACGUCAGGCCGCCGAAGCCGCCACCGUCGAGCAACAGCGUAUCGCCGACGCGGAAGCCGAUGCCGAUGCCGGACGAUCCAUGUCCAACGCAGAUGUCCUACGCAAGGCUCGCGCCAUUGAAACACAAACCACCGAAGAAGAAAUGGACCGCCAACAGGUCAAACAGAGCUUUUACGAGACGGAAAUUACGCCCGAAAUUCGUUUGAGCUACGAAGGGCUUUUGAAAAAGGUCUUGCCGCCGUACAGGGCGGGCGAUACCUCCCGCUCGGUCGUCUUUAGUUACUACGAUCAGUUCGAUGCGCAGUUCGUCAAAGUUUUGGCGGAACGCGUCAACAACGGGGACGACGACGCCAAGGACUUGUUGGAAGCGCUCGCGGUGGAACAGCAAAUUCGUAUCGCCACGGCCACGGAAACACUCAAAUCCGUCUUGACUUUGGGCGAUCCCAUGAAAAUGGAAGGCGCUAUUGUGCGAUUGGCACGGGAAGGGAAAGUGGACGAACCCUUUUUGCUGUUGCUGGAGGCCAACGAAACACAAGCGCGCGAUGCCGGUGCGACUGACGCGGCCAAUUUAAUGAAACGACUCAAAAAACGGGCCACGGACGAAAAAGACAAACAGAGUAGCAGCAAAGAAAUACGUUUGAUUCGUAAACUGUUACAUGAAGACGACCCAAAUGAGCGAGAAAAGAUUCUGGAGGAAGCAUUUACGCCCAAGAAUGUCCUGAUUGUCCCCGGCACGGCCGAGAAUGCGCAAAAGGCGGUCGACGGAGAAGCCCCGGACGAGGAGCAACCCAUGCCGGACGUUCCGCCACCGGACUUUAUUAAUGCUUGCAAGGCCGUUUUACUCAAUUUUGGCAACCUGGGCUACGACGACGAUCGUGGGGAUUUAGCCACGCGCAUUAAAAAGAUUGCGGGGGAAGCGGAAGUUGUGGCGACUCGGAUUUACGGUAAAGGCAUGACUUUGCGGGAACAACAGGACCGCAUGUGGAAGGACCAGACAACGUCCAUCUUUGAUCUGGAACGCAUGGAAAUUGAAGCCGAGCGCAUGGGUGACAUUGCUCCUUGGUCCAACGCCAACGGCGACGACGAUAUGCUCAUGCCCGGAUUUGAUGCCGACGGCCGGAUGCAAAUUGGAGGAAGCUAGUUGCAAAAUAGCAAGCAAUGGCCACCCGAAACGCGGUGUGUCUUGGAAACGGUAUUUUGAAUGUAUACAAUGUGACGAUAUACAGCCGCAGCUUGCUAGUCUAGAAAGAGUGAUGGUAGCCUAGAGCGAGGUGGGAAUGGUGCACCAAAGUUUACAAGAUUCUAAGGUUGUCACUCAUAGCU